AUUUUCUUACUGGACAAAUAACGAAUUAAAAGUUUUUUAUUUAUUAUUCAUUAUUCAAAAUUUAUAUUUAGAUAAGACUUUUGCCAAUUUCUGGCCUUGAAUUUUCGAGAUGGAUCGAAACUUGGAACACUAAUUGUUAAUUGUUUGUAAUUGUUUGUAUAUUUAUACGCAUAAUGGUAUCGCCCGCAGGGAUUAUUGAUUUUUAAACAGCCCGCAUCGGAAGUUGAAUUUACUAAAUUUUAAUUACAUACUUUUAUCUCCGAUACGAUGUCUAUAGAUUACAAAAAUUAUGAUAGACAAAUAUACAUUACGAUUUUUUUUAUUACGAAGAGUAUUUUGACUUGUCGCGUGAUAUUAAGCUUUAUUGGGUUUACAGUAACCAAUCUCGUAUACAAUUAUAACGAUUGGCAUGUAAAUGUUGAGAUAUUAAUUGGCACUCACUUUUUUGUUUCAUUUCUUUCUCUCUGUGUUAUUUAUCGAGAAAAGCUCUUUGGUUUGAUUUUAUGCAAAACAUAACCAUUUUUAAGUUAGGACGAAUUAAACGUGACAAUUUCAUAGUGCAAAAUAACAAUAAUAUACAAAUGAAUAGAAUGGUAUAGAAAAUAAAGAGAGAAGAAAUAGAUGUUUUCGCACGAUUGGUUAUGAAUGACUUUCAAUUUUCAAGUGACUUUUCCAUAUAUCUACAUUGUACGUGUAAACAAAUAACAAAAGUGACAGUGAUUAACCUAUAUUGAUUGAUAUUUUGAAAUUACAACUUUCCGAUUAAUUGUGAAUGACAUGAUAUCUCAUGACGAAACAAAGGUCGAAAUAGUACCGAUAAAUGGAGGACGAAUUGAAGGAAAAGAGGAAACUGUUAUAUUUAUUGAACAGUUUGUAAAAGAUGUAUGCGACUUCAGUUCCCAGUAUGGAAGUAAUAUCAGUAUUUCUUAUACUGCCUACAAUAUUGCUGGGAAUCCCAGUAAAUUUCCGGACUAUGGAGAUUUUCCACAAGCUUUUGUUAUGAGAACAUAUGGACAAUGGUGGAACAAAGCACCUUCAAGACUGAUAGACUAUAUGCCACAAAAUAAUGAAGAUGUUAUAAGCCAGGAUUAUAUAGAUUUAGAAUAUUAUCAAGAAGUUUAUCCAAUUAGAGUAUCAAUAUAUGAAACUUAUAAUCCUGGAAGCGUAGUUGGUAUUUGGGCACAAAAUUCUGAGGGAAAAUGGUUUCAAUUAUGGAGUGGAUUUCCUCAGAUUGUACCACAUAAGCCAAGGAUAUUUUCACCACGUUUGCAGCUAUGUAAUUUUAAAACGAAAAUGAUAAGACUGGAAUUUAAUCAUAACUUAUUAGACUAUUAUACAGAGUUAGAUGCUGUGUUGCUCAUUGGAACAUCUAAAUUGAUUGUGCCUAACAAUAAUUUACAUAAUCAAAAUUUAAAUGAUCUUUCACAACAAUUGGGCUACCUUGAACAUAGUAGUGAUGAUAUUUACAAUCUAACACCGGAUUAUUUGAAGGCAAAUCAGGACUUGAUAAUUCUUAAGAAGACACUUCCUAAGCACUGUAAAGUUUUUAAGAGCAAGAUAAUAGAUGAUAUUUCCAAAGGCAAGUUAAUAUCUAAAAUAGGUCAACACUAUCAGUCAGUUCCUCCCAUAGAAGAAGCAUUUAAUAGUUUACAACAAUUUUUACAAGAAGACUUUCCAAAACUUAUCAGGGAUAUUCAUUAUUCAACAUCAAAUGCAUUAAGUGAAGCGAAUAACUCUCCCGAGGAUAGGACUUUAAUAUCUUCAACUGAUUCUGAAAAUCAACCAUGUGGCAGUUUUUCUGCACUACCAGAUGAAACAGUGCUAAAAAUUUUAAAAUAUUUAGAUUUAAGAUCGUUAUGUAGUUUAUGCACAGUAAACAGACAUUUUAAUAAUAUUGCAAGAGACGCUUUGUUGUAUACAAGUCUUAAUUUAAAACCUUAUUGGUACUGUUUGGACACAUCAGCAUUAAAUUGUUUAGCACCUAGGUGUCAAUAUUUACAACGAUUAGAUCUUUCAUGGUGUGGAAAUUAUAAUAUGAUUAAACAUCAAGAUUUUAUAUAUUUUAUUUGCACAUCUGGAUCUCUUUUGACACAUUUAAGAUUAAAUUGUUGUCAGUUUGUUAAUGAUGUGAUUAUCCUUGAGAUUUCAAAAGUUUGUAAGAAAUUAAAAGAAUUGUGUUUACGCAACUGUCUGGGAGUAACGAAUGAAGGGUUUUCAAAACUUAAAAAUUUGGAAUUGCUAGAGCGCUUAGAACUUUACAGAACAAAUAUUGAAACUGCUACAUUAUGUUCUAUAUUAAAGACAAACCCUAAAAUGCGGCAUUUGAAUUUAGCAGGAAUGCAUGAUCGUUUAAAUAUAGACGAGGUAGCAAUCAAAUUAGGAAAUUCUUGUCCAUAUUUAGAAAGUGUAGAUUUUUGGAAAGCUCAAACAUUAACUCCACAUGGAGUUAGAGCCUUGUCACGUUGUACUAAUCUUCGAGAAGUGGAUUUUGGAUGGUGUGGUGGACUGGGUGCUCCUGGCAAUUCCUUAAGAGCAUUACUAUCUUCCUGUCGAUACCUGGAGAAAGUAUUUUUAGCAGCUCUUAGAGGGUUAACAGAUUAUGACUUGGAACCUCUUUUAUAUUGUCCACGAUUGCAACAAUUGGAUUUAAUGGGGGCUCGUUCUCUUACUCCUGCUAUAUAUUACGGAUGUCUAUUAUUUUGCCCAAAGUUAGAAAUGAUUGACCUUAGUUUCUGUGAAGGUAUUAGUGAUUUUAUACAAGGGUGGCGUCAACAGUAUCCGCAUGUCUCUAUUAAAAGAAGUUGUCAAGUAAUCAGCUCUGAUAUGCUAUGAGCAUAAUUUCAGAGUAUUUAUUACAUUAAGUUCUAUUAUUAUCGAUGGCAUUAACGUUUGAGUACCGAUCAAUUUCUGUAGUACUAUCAUUAAAAUAGUUCUUGGCUAUUACGAUAUUGUGAGACUGGAAUGAAAUUACAUACAGUUACAGCAAGUCUUCAAUUUACAUAGCUAAUUACUUUCGAAACUUUCCGCUCAAGUCGAAUUAUAUAAAUACAAUUAUUGGACUAAGAUGACUAAAGAGAAGCGAACGAGUCAAGUGAUUUUUUUAACUUUAAUUAAUUAAAGUUAAAGAAUGCUUCUUUAUCAAAUAUAUAUGAGAACAUGAAUACUGUGUAUUUGCGAAUCCGCGUAAAUCAAGGGCUUGCUGUAUGUGUAAAACAUAGGUGAUAUAAUGACAUAUAUAUUUGUACUCUUAUUUUAUUUAAAAAGGUAAAUAAUAUAUUUUUGAAUUUGCAAUUUGAUAGUACUUGUAUGUUACUUAUGUAAUAAAUGUAUUGUAUAGUAGAUUAUAAGAAACUUUUUAUACAUGUAAAUAUAUUUUCAUUAAAAAAACAUAUUGAAAUAUACAGAUUAAAUUAAUUGUACUUUAUUAAAUAGUAAAAUAAACUAUAGGACAUUAGCAACAUUUCAUGCAGCAUCAACAUUUGGAUCUUUC